UGCGUAUAACUUCGUUUAUAACAUUUUAAGAAGAAUAAAUAAAGCAAAUAAUAUUAAAUAAAAUCGUAAAAUGUCGGACGAUAUAUCAGCAUUCUCGGCUUACGGCUCUAAGUCACGCGCUCAACAACAGAAGAAAAAGGCUGCAAAGAAGCCAAUGAAGAAUUCAGCACCAAAGCAAAAAAUUAACGGUGUCUCACCAAAAGGACGGUUGGAUAAGGGCAAGCAAGAGCAGAAAAAGAAAAAAAAGGAAACUAAAGAGCCCAAGAUGGACACAACCGCUGAUUUGGCUGCCAAAAUGGGGAGAUUGAUCAAUAAAUGUCAACGUCGCAAUAACAAUAGCAGCCUCAGCGCCGCCACUAGCGCUGACAGCGAUGAAAGCUUCGACAGCAGCCAAGAUGGCUGCGAUUUCACAGGCAGCGACAGUCAAGUUGAUACCAGCAAUAUAACGGCAGGUGGCAGCAGCAAUAUAACGGCAGAUGACAGCAGCAAUAUAACUGCAGAUGACAGUGGAAGUGACGACAGCACUAGUGGAACUGGCGGCGAUUUUGACAGCUACAACAGCGACGAGGAUCAAUUCAGCGAGGAGUAUACGCUUAAUAGUCAAAGCUUCAGCAGCAACAGCGGCAUUAAUAGCAGCAGCGUCAGCGGCAACAGCAGCGCCAGUGGCACCAAGAACAGCAGCGGCAUCAAUAGUAGUAGCGUCAGCGGUAACGGCAACAGCAGCGUCAGCGGCAUCAACAAUAGUAGCAUCAACAGCAGCGAUAAUACAAUUUCUAGCAUUGAAGCAGAGAUGCCGGCUAUUCGAAAUCAAGGCAGACGUCAGACUAUGUUUGACGGUGAUAUGAAUAAUAAUAAAAACAACAACAAAAAGCAGCCCAAGGCGCAGUCGCCACAACGUAAGAGCUUAGGAUCAGAAGCACCUAGCUGUCCAAUGCCUACAAAGCGUGGUGCAGCUCCAAGCUGUCCGAUGCCGUCAAAGAAGUCGAAAGAAAAUGCGCCAGUUACAGCUUUGAAGGGCGCGCGCGCAGCAGCAGCAGUGACCAACAAAAUGGCGACCAAAUCAUGCCCGCUGCCAGCAAAGAAUAAACAAGAAAAGCAAGUUGCUAAUGCUAAAGCUGCUGCUGAUGCUAAGGCUGCUGCCAAUGCUAAGACUGCUCCCAAUGCUAAGGCUGUUGCAAAUGGCGCAAGGCCAGCUGUGCAUGAGCUCAACAGCUUGGAGGAAGGCAAGCGCGUGCUCCGCUGGUUGCUAAAUCCAGUGGAUUCUGCCAAGUUCUUUUCGGACUAUUGGGAGCGUAAUGCUCUGCAUAUAAAACGCGCACAUCCGACUUACUUCAGUGAGCUGAUCUCCUUUAAAAUGAUUGACCAAAUGCUGCUGCGUAAUCAUUUGGAAUUCACCACCAACAUUGACAUAACUAGCUACAAGGAUGGCGUACGUGAAACGCAUAAUCCAGAUGGACGCGCCAUGCCGCCAGCGGUGUGGGGCUUCUAUGGCGAUGGCUGCAGCGUGCGCAUACUCAACCCAAGUAGCUACUUGACGCAGCUGCGUCAGGUGUGCAGCGUGCUGCAGGAAUACUUCCAUUGUCUGGUUGGCGCCAAUGUUUACCUUACGCCGCCCAAGAGUCAAGGCUUUGCGCCGCACUAUGAUGACAUCGAGGCCUUUGUGUUGCAGGUAGAGGGACGCAAGCGCUGGCGUUUGUAUUCGCCGCCUACGCCCAGCGAGACGCUAGCAUUGGUAUCGUCGCCCAAUUUAAAGCCCGAGCAGCUGGGUCCUCCUAUUUUCGAUGGUGUGCUAGAAGCCGGCGAUAUACUCUACUUUCCACGCGGCACUGUGCAUCAGGCGUUGACCGAGAAGAAACAUCACUCACUGCACAUCACGCUGAGCGUUUAUCAGAAGCAGGCGUAUGCUAAUCUAAUGGAGCACCUCAUGCCCUCAGUGCUGGAGCGUGCUGUUAAGCAACAUCUGAGCUUGCGUCGUGGACUGCCGCUGCAUACUUGGCAGCAUUUGGGUCUAGCACAUGGCACCAAGAAAACUCCACAGCGUGCUGAAAUGCAGGCCCAGAUUAAGCGCAUGGUGACACAAUAUUUAAUGCCAACAGAUUCUCAGAUCGAUAAUGCUGUCGACCAGCUGGCGAAGCGCUACCAGCACGAGGCACUGCCGCCCACCCUACUGCCAGAGGAGCUGUGCCGCACUGUCUUUGGCUCACGCAGCGAAACGAAUUCGCUGGGCCAAUGCCUAUGUGACUACGAGAUCACGGAGCAAACCAGCGUGCGUCUGCUGCGCGCCAACAUACUGCGCUUGAUGGCCGAGGAUAGUAGUUUGCGCAUUUAUUACUACGUGGAUAAUGCCCUGGAGUACUGCAAAUAUGAGGCGAACUUUAUGGAGAUUGAGCCCACAGAGGCUGGCGCCGUGGAGCUGCUGCUGACCACUUAUCCCAAAUACAUCAAAGUGUCACAGCUGCCGCUUCGCAGCGCCGAGCGUCGUGUUGAGGUCGUCACUGCGCUCUGGGAGCGUGGACUGCUCAUGACCGAAAAGCCAUUCAACAAGCUGUAAUUUGAUUGUAUUGAAUAAUUAAAUUACUCUAGUACACUGAUCAUAAUCAAAAUUAAUUUUAAUACACAAAAAAAUGUAAACAGACUUAAGUCAUGUACCACAAGU